GUCGCGAUGAUAAAGCUUCUAAUACUUUUAACAUUGACGAAAGUGAUCGGAGGUUCGUUACCUCCCGACGAUGCCGACAAUGUGUUGCAUAUCGGUGGCAUUUUUCCGAUAGGAGGCAAGGGCGGAUGGCAGGGUGGCCAGGCUUGUAUGCCAGCUGUAAACCUGGCUCUCGAUGAUGUUAAUCAUGAAAAAAAUUUGUUACCUGGAUUCAUAUUGAAGCUUCACUCAAAUGAUAGCCAGUGUGAGCCAGGACUCGGUGCCUCGGUCAUGUAUAAUCUAUUAUACUAUAAACCGCAUAAAUUAAUGUUGUUAGCUGGAUGUAGUACUGUUUGUACAACUGUUGCAGAGGCAGCGAAGAUGUGGCAUCUAGUUGUGUUAUGUUAUGGUGCAUCAUCGCCUGCAUUGUCCGAUCGAAAUCGGUUCCCGACGCUUUUUAGGACACACCCAUCAGCUACGGUGCAUAAUCCUACGAGAAUCAAAUUGUUGCAAAAAUUUGAUUGGUCUCGAGUGGCAAUCUUGCAGCAAGCCGAAGAAGUGUUCAUAUCUACUGUAGAAGAUUUAGAAGCACGUUGCAAAGAAGCAGGGAUAGAAAUAGUUACACGCCAAAGCUUCUUGUCUGAUCCAUCUGAUGCCGUAAGGAAUUUACGUAGACAAGAUGCUAGAAUCAUUGUUGGUUUAUUUUACGUAGUAGCCGCGAGGAGAGUUCUUUGCGAAUUGUAUCAUCAAAAUCUUUAUGGAAAAAGUUAUGUGUGGUUUUUCAUUGGUUGGUACGAGGACAAUUGGUACGAGGUAAAUUUAAACGAAGAAGGAAUUACUUGCACAAAAGAUCAAAUGAGGCUGGCAGCUGAAGGGCACUUGACGACCGAAGCUCUGAUGUGGAAUCAGAAUAAUGACACGACAAUCAGUGGGAUGACUUCCGAGGAUUUUAGGCAGAGAUUGAACAAAAUGUUGAAGGAAGAUGGAUUUGAUAUCGAUAAUAAUCGUUACCCUGAAGGAUAUCAAGAGGCACCUCUCGCUUAUGAUGCAGUUUGGUCAGUAGCGCUAGCUUUCAAUAAAACAAUGGAGAAGCUGAGUAAGCAAGGAAAGAGCCUAAAAAACUUCAGUUAUACUGACAAGGAGAUAGCAAAUGAAAUUUACUCGGCGAUCAACUCCACUCAAUUUUUAGGAGUAUCUGGAUACGUUGCCUUUAGCUCACAAGGUGACAGAAUUGCAUUGACCCAAAUCGAGCAAAUGAUCGAUGGAAAGUACGUUAAGUUGGGAUAUUAUGAUACGCAAAGCGACAAUUUGACAUGGAGGAACAUGGAAAGGUGGAUCGGUGGUAAAGUACCACAAGAUAGAACCAUUGUGAAGACUGUUCUUAGGACGGUCUCAUUGCCUUUAUUUAUUUGCAUGGGGACUAUAUCUUCAUUGGGAAUCAUAAUAGCUGUGGCAUUGAUCAUUUUUAAUAUAUGGAAUAGACAUAGAAGGGUUAUAAUGUCGUCACAUCCUGUGUGCAAUACUAUAAUGCUGAUUGGAGUUAUAGCAUGUUUCGUGUCGGUGUUUCUAUUAGGAAUUGACGGUAGAUUCGUCGCAGCUUGGGAAUAUCCAGCGGUCUGCCAAGCUAGAUCUUGGAUGUUGUCCACAGGUUUUACCUUAGCAUUCGGGGCGAUGUUUAGCAAAGUAUGGCGCGUCCACAGACUUACGACAAAGACAAAAGCUGAUCAAGCAAAAUUGUUCAUGGCUAAACAAAAAGUUUCGUCCAUACAGAAGAAAAUUCAACCAUGGAAGCUGUAUACGAUGGUAAGCGGAUUGUUGGCAGUGGAUAUCGUUCUGUUAGUCUGUUGGCAAGUGCUUGAUCCUUUGCAAAGGAAGAUGGAGACAUUCCCGUUGGAACUACCUCCGUUUGGUGAUGAUGAUGCAAGGAUCAGACCGGAAUUGGAACAUUGCGAGAGCACACACAAUAACAUUUGGCUUGGUUUGAUUUAUAGUUACAAAGGAAUUAUCCUGGUGUUCGGAUUGUUUUUGGCGUACGAGACGAGAAGUAUCAAAGUGAAACAGAUCAAUGAUUCCAGAUACGUUGGGAUGUCGAUAUACAACGUGGUCGUUCUCUGUUUGAUCACAGCUCCCGUAACAAUGGUGAUCGCUAGCCAGCAAGACGCCAGUUUCGCUUUCGUUGCACUCGCCAUUAUUUUUUGUUGUUUUUUAAGCAUGGCGCUGAUCUUUGUGCCUAAAGUGAUCGAAGUGAUCAGACAUCCGAAAGAUAAGGCUGAAUCUAAGUACAAUACCGAUGUGGGUAUGUCGAAAGAGGACGAGGAAAAAUAUCACAAACUUCUUAGCGAGAAUGCCGAGCUUCAGAAACUUAUUGCCGUGAAAGAAGAGAAGAUCAAAUUUCUGAAACAGACUUUGGCCGAGCGAGAUGCGUUGAAAGAUGGGAGCGGAAACCUUCCGAAGGAUUCGCUGAUAGUCGCCGAUUUCGUAACAGGCGAAGGAACUUCGGAUAGCGCAAUCGGUGGGGGUAUUUCUGUUUAUACACAAUCAUCUCGAGCUUCUGCUUCUGAUUUUGAGUUUUCAGGAUCGUACUUGUAGAUCGUGGAUUUAUGUUCUGUUCUUUCUAUAAGUAGAAAUCGUAACGAAUUUAAGAAAGUGGGACCUAAAUGGAUAAAAAAGCAUAUUGUUUCUUUCUUACGACGUUUACUUUUUGAUCUUUUUAUUAAUCCAUCGAAUCACGCGUUGUAGUUUCUCUCUCCUCUCUCUCUCUCUCUUUCUCUUUGUCACAAAUUAUUAUUGGACGCAUGUGAAAGUUUUAAUUUCAUUAUACAUGAAUGGAUUGUAUUAUUUUAGAAAAAAUAAUUUAUUUAAUGUUAAUUAGUGUAAUUGUUAUUGUUUUCGAUGAGUUUUUCCUAUCGUUGUGAUAAUUAUUGAAUUCCUUUGUUACAAAUACUCAAUUUUUGUUCACAAUAUAUAGAUGCGUGAUUUUUCAAAGUUUCUUUAUAGAUUAGAAUUCCGUUUUGUAAAAUACAAAAUAAAUAAUCUAAUCAAGUAAAUAUUUAUAUACUAGGAUACAUUCAAAAUUUAUUUUAUGUGCAGUUUACUAUUAUCCUGGCUUGGUACGAUUUGCCACAACUUUCUUCAAUUUAAGAAGAAUCUUUUUCUGAAUUGCUUCUUUUAAUUUUUCCAAUUAUUGAAUAUUCUUAUAUAAAACUAAAAAUGGAAAAAGAUUCUAAUUUUUAAACGCUUUGAAAAAUCAUUGUUGUGUCUGCAUAUUUUGAUAAAAAAUAAAGUAUAUUUUAUUACAGUAUUUUAUAUUUAGUAAAGGAAUUCAAUUGCUAAUACAAAUAUAUAUUGGAUGAAAAGUAAUCGAAAACAAUAACGAUUAUAUAAAUCAUAUAUAUAAUCGAUUAAAUAAAUCAUUUUUCGUAAAAUGACAAUCUAUUCGUUUAUAACGAAAUCCGAAAUCAAAACUUUUUACGCGUAUUCCUAUUUAUAUCGCACAUCAUAUAAAUUCAAUUCGUUUCAAUUUUGAACGAAACUUCGAAAGUUGAAAAAUGACGCACCGAAGUGGGAAAGCAGAAACAAGCGACUCGUUAGCUCGAGACAGCUUUGUUUCUUAAUUCAUUGUUCGAUGUGUAAUAUAUUAUUCGCCUUUUCUUGGGGCGAUGCACUCUUUUUAUGUACUUGGUGUCUAAACGUAUAAAUAUUGAAUGUAAUGUAUAUAACAAGUCAAAGUAUUAGAUGUGCGUAUGCGUAGUGAGAUUAAUAAAGCAUUCUCAAUGUAAAAGUAAAUCCAUACGCGCGAGAUACUAAUUGAAUAUCGCUGAUCACAUACAAAUUGUUGGCCUACAAUUGUCGCGCGCCUUGUUCUCGUUCACAACGACCUUUUCGUUAAUUCGAGAGAGUCAUUAUUGCACAAUUGCAGAUAUUUCCGACUAUUGGGAUUUUAUUAUUAUACAGAUAUUUGUACAGAAAAGUUUUAUCGAACGAAUAUCGAUAUCUUGAUUCAAUCACGUAAAUUUCUCAUCUAAGUUCUCUUGAAUAUCGAUAUUGAUCGAUAUUCGAUGUUAAUCGAUAUUCGAUGCUGAUCGAUAUUCGAUACGGGAACAUCGCAUAAAUCGAUUACGUAAGACGGACCAAACACUUCGUAAAAUAUAUUUGCUAAUUGUUAACUUUCGAAUUUUUUAUGCAAAUUGUGGAAUUGUCGAAUUUUGUUGGCGAGACACGUCAACGUGGCAAAUGGCACUAUGAUUCGAAUUUAUUCGCGUACGGUUUAUACGGGUCCAAAAAAAGAAAAAAAUAGAGAAAGGAAACACAGAGGAAAGAAACGUUCUCAUUAAUUCGCGAAUGUUAUAUUUAUAACACCUUCCACACGAGGUAAAAAAAGAUAUUUGAUUUAUUGUACAGUUUGAAUCGCAAUUAGCAUCACGAAUAUUUCGUUUGCUGCAGGCCUAAAUUCUUUUUUUAUAUGAUUCACGCAUGAUUUGCAACAAAUUGCAGUUAAAUCUCGUUAGACAAUAACCUGGUCGUUUCCGAGACAGCGUCAAUAUCGAUAUGUGAACCUCAUGAAGUUUGCUCCCAAAUUACGUAUAACGAAACGUUGCACGGCACGCGAAAUUGGUGUUUCGAUGAAGAAAAUGAUGUUUAUACGCGGACAACAAGAUAUUACAUACUCACGCAAAAAACAACGUGCUAACGAGAUUUAAACGCUUCAACAUGUUGCGCCAUUCAUAAAUAAUUUGGGAGUCUUGAUGAGGUGGAUCGACAAUUAUUUAUGGCCAACCAACGUUUAAUCUUUCAGAUUGCACUCUUAAUAAUGUAAAAUAUAUAAAUAUGAUGCUCCACUCGAAUAUCAAUUAUUUAUGAAUGGGCAAGAAAACAAAAAUCUGUACGCUUAUACCGCACAGAUAUCUGAAGGAUUAUCGUUUUUGAAUUCUUCUUUUUAGAAACGGACCAGGUUGGCUGAACACAAGAGCCCCGUCGAUUAGGAUGACAAAAGCAAUACGAGCAUAUAAACGAGCUAAAAGCUCUCACAAGGCAAAAAAAAAGCUAUUUCUUUUUCUCUUCUAAUAUAUUAAAUGCACACAUGCGUAAUUCCCUCAUACGAAAGUGCAUAUUCUUAUUUUGUAACCGCAAAGAAACCGAGAAUCGUGUGAUUUGUAACACAAAAAAUUCUAUUCUGUCGUUGGCAUCAUCGAUGAAUUAUUUUAUCACGCAUAGCGUAAGAUAAAUAUCUCUAAUAAGAGAGAUAUUUCAAUCGUGUGAAUUUUCGAGAGGAAUGCAAUCAUGUUUCUCUCUAUUUGUAAACGUGAUUUAAACAAAUGUUACACAGAUUACUUAAAAAGAAAUUCAAAAAAGGAACAACUAUAAACGAUGUGCAAUUUAAUUUAUAUUACGAUUUAAUCGAAAGAUAUUGUAACAAAGAAGAUAUUUAAGAAUUAUUUUAUUUAAAUGGGAUGCCAAAGUUCAAAUUUAAGAAAUAAUACGUGAAUAUUAAAAUAGUUUUAAAUCGUUGAGUUCAAAAGAUGUUUUACAUUAUUGAUGAGAUGGUAAUGUGAUUUGACUGCAAUUCAAAUUUUGUCUAUACACAAGACGACUUAUGUAUGUAUAUCGUAGAUUGAGUAAGCCACAAAGCACAACUUUUUCGUAUGUGCAUUUCAAUUUCGUCACUCUACGUAUACAUGAUAUUUAUAGAAAAAUUUUACGAACGUUUCUGUUGAAUCGUUUCUAGUGUAAUUAUUAUCGCGCUCAUCUAUGCAUUUUUUACUAUACUUCUUCGACCGACUGUCGCGCGAAUCGCGCUUGACUAAAAUAUUAUAUGAUAUAAAUAUACUAGUCUUAUUGAACUGUUAAAGAAAGUAUCAUAUAUAUGUAUGUUAGAAUAUGGAGAUAUAUUUAUUUUUAAGUUUUUAAAUUAUAAAAUAUUCGUUAAAAAUUCUUAUAUUGUAUAUGUUAUUGAUAACCUUGCGCUUCGAAAAAAGCGUCCGCUCUCGAAUCGAUCAAUCGUUCACGGAUCUUUGCUGUGUUACAAUUUCAUAGUCGCAACGCUGUGCGUUCGAAUUUAUAAUUGAAAACAUUAAUCUCGCGUGAAUAUAUCGUUGUGAUUUUACACAAGUUUACAUGAAACCAAAUGAACUUCAUCGUUUCGAAACAUUAAAUGAUGACUCGUAUAAUUCUCCAAAAAAAUACGUAUAUUUAAUACAUCAUAGAUCCAUAUGGCGAUUAUGAAAAAUAUGUAGUACAAAUGAAAUACAAUUGUAUUAAAAAAUCAAAUAAACUUAGUUACAAUUUAAGAAUAAAA